AUGAAGGUCACAUGUCUUGUUUCCAUUGCAGCUCUUGCAGCCGGUGUGGGAGCCCAAGCUAGCGACGCUGCUUUUGAGCCGCAAGACUUCAACAUCACUGCGGCUCUCGAAAACCUCGGCGUCGACGUUUCGGCUCUGCCAGAACCUGCGAAUGCACUCAGUGCCCGUGUCUCAGAUGCGCAAUGCUCACAUGCUUGCACAGCGCUGACGAUACUCUUCGGCACCGACAAGGUCUUGGCUGAAGGAGCAACCACAUACAGCAACUUUACCGGGGGAUACUGGUCUGCGCAACAAGGCUUAGUACGACCUUCUUGUGUGUUCAAACCCACGAAGACAAUCGAGGUCUCAACAUUGGUGCUUGCGGCUAGGUUGUACCAAUGCCCCUUCGCCGUUAAAGGCGGUGGCCAUGCUGCGUGGGCCGGUGCAUCUAGUAUCGAAGAUGGAAUCACUGUAUCGCUUGAAAGCUUCAAGCAGGCUGUUGUUGCCUCCGAUAAGCAGACGGUCGACAUUGGUCCUGGACUCCGAUGGAUAGACGUCUACAAUGCUGUUGAGAAAGACGGUCUGAGUGUCGCGGGAGGGCGUAUGGCCCCCGUUGGCGUGCCUGGCCUCAUUCUCGGAGGCGGCAUAUCUCACUUUGCGAGCAAGCGCGGUUGGGCUUGUGAUAACGUGGCGAGUUUCGAACUCGUCACAGCUUCUGGUAUCGCGAUCAACGUCAGCGCGACCACUUAUCCCGACCUAUACUGGGCACUGAGAGGAGGCGGCAACAAUUUCGGGAUCGUUACAAACUUCGAGCUUGACGCUUUCCCUCUUGGCCAGAUGUGGGGAGGCCAGCGGGUGUACCUCGAAGAUGCAUACCCCGCGGUACUCGAUGCGAUCCAUCAAUUCACAGUCUCUGGUUCUGUCAAGGAUGAAGAUGCUGCCCAGAUUGUUACUUUCGCAAGCGCGCCCGGGAUCGGCAAGUUGGCUUUCGCCAACCUCCACUACGCGAAGCCUAUUGCGAACGCGCCUGUCUUCUCGAGUUGGGGUAAUAUCACUGCCAUCGAUGAUACGACUGGCCUUCGCCCGAUGUCCGGCAUGGCCGAUCUCCUCAAUCAGGGUGCUCCUGCUCUUGGUGCUUUCCAGACCUGGUGGGGCAUUAGUCUGAAGAUGGACAGAUCACUGCUCGAGUUCAUCGUCGAUACGUUCUACACGCAAGAAGCCACCGUCGCCGACAUCGAGAAGAUCCUGCUCAUCAUGGCUAUCCAGCCCAUCACCGAAAGCGCGACCAAGGCCAUGCAAAAGAACGGUGGGAAUGCUCUAGGUAUCGAUCCAGCAAACGGCCCGUACUUCGUGCUCAACUUCAACGCUGCCUGGAACAACAAAGAAGACGAGCCCAAGUUUCACAGUGUGAUUGCCAACAUCAUCAAACUUGUAAAAGCGGAAGCGAAGCGGAGGAAGCUGGACAACGACUUUGUGUAUCUUAACUACGCAUCCGAAUACCAAGACCCCAUCGGCAGCUACGGAGCGAAGAACAAGCAACGACUGAUGAAGAUAUCCAAGAAGUACGAUCCGAAACAGGUCUUCCAAUACCUGCAACCGGGUGGCUUCAAGCUUGUCAAAGGCGCGCCGAACCCGAAUACUCCGUACGUACCAGUUGCCAUUGAUCAUGAGCUCUAA